AUGAAAAAUGAUAAUGCAUUAAAACAAUUUCAAAAAGAUCUCAUUCCAACACUUUCCGAUGCAACAGAUAAAACAAUUAGUAUUGAUGAAAAAUAUGACCGAUUUGUUGAACAUAUGAAAACAAAUGCAGAGAAAAUUUUAAAAAUAGAUGAGAACAAAAAUCGUAAACGUAAAGAAUGGCUUACUGAUGAAAUAUUAGAAAUUGUAGAAAAAAAAGCAACAGCUUUUGUUAAUUGGCAAAAUCACCGAGGAACAAAAUUAGAAAUUGAAUAUGCUAAUAAAUAUAAACGUUUAAGAAAAUUAGCAAAGACCAAAAUUGAAAAACGUCAGGAAGAGUAUUGGGAUGAAAUAUGUGAAGAGAUUGAGUCUUCUGUUAAAUUAAAUGAUCCAGCAAAUGCAUUUUAUAUUAUUCGACAACUUAGUGGUAAAAGGAAGAGAAUGGAAAAUAUGCCUAUUAAAGAUAAACAUGGAAAAUUGAUUUUAAAUUCAACUGAUCAAUUAGAACGAUGGAGAGAAUUCUUUGAUGAUUUACUUAAUGUUUCAACAGCAGUGGAUCUUCAAUUAAUUGAUCACACUAAGAUAAAAAGAAUAGAAAAGAAUGAAGAAGAACGUCAAAAUAUGCAAUCUACAAUAUCAGAGGUAAGAAAAGCCUUGAAUCAGAUGAAGUCAAGAAAAGCUCCGGGCAACGAUGAGAUUACUGCUGAUCUUCUUAAAGCUGGUGGUGAACCAGUUAUCAAGUGGUUACAUGAAAUUUUCAGUGAUGUAUGGAAACAGGAGGAAAUGGUAAAGGAAUGGAAUUUAGCAAUUUUGAUUAAAUUAUUUAAAAAAGGUAAUAAACAACUGUGUGACAAUUAUAGAGGUAUUUCACUGCUCAGCGUGAAUAGUAAACCCUUCUCUCGUAUUAUUUUAAAUCGUAUUCAACUCCUGGUCAAUCGUCAAUUAUUGGAAGCACAGUCUGGAUUCAGAUCUAAUAGAUCUACAAUUGAUCAAAUCUUUAUAUUAAAAUUAUGUAUGGAAAAACGUAGAGAAUUUAACAAGCCCUUAUUCAUGUGUUUUAUUGAUAUAUCAAAAGUAUAUGAUUCUGUUAAUCGUGAACUAUUAUGGAAAGUAUGCAGACAAUAUGGAAUAUCGGAAAAACUAGUUAAUCUUCUAAAAAUGCUUUAUACAAAUUCAAAAGCAAAAGUGAAAGUAAAUGAUGAAUUCUCGGAUAGCUUCGAAAUUUAUAAUGGUGUAAUGCAAGGAGGCAUCCCCUCUCCAAUUUUAUUUAAUAUCUUAUUUGAUUUUAUCAUCAGAAAGGCUAUAGAAGAAGCAGAUGUAACAGGUGUACAAUUUUCUUAUGGAAGAAAUGACUUUUUUCACGAUACGAAAGAAAAAUAUUUGAACUUCGACAUUUUGGCUUUACUGUACGCAGACGAUUUAGUUGUCAUGUGUGAGACAUCUGAUGAUUUAGAAAUAUUCAUUCAAAUCUUUGAAAAAGUUACUCAAGAAUACGGGCUGUCAAUGAAUGUGAAGAAAACGUGUAUUAUGACAUUGAAACAACUGGAAGUUGAUCAAAAUAAUAAAAUUAUACACAAUCAUGAAGUUGACCAACCAGAUUUUGAUAUUAAUAUUAGAAAUCAAAAGGUAGAAACUGUAAAAUUUUUCACUUAUUUAGGUUGUGGUGUAUCAAGAAAUCAAAAACCUGGUGACGAAAUCAACACAAGGUUAGCGAAAGCAUCCACAGCUUUCAAUAUGCUACGCAGUGUUAUCUGGUACAGAAAGACGAUUUCAAUUACAUCUAGAUUGAGAAUAUAUAGAGCAUGUGUACUACCAGUGCUGCUGUAUGGAAGUGAAACUUGGUCAAUUACUAAAACACAUGAACAAAGAAUUAGCACGUUUUAUAUGAAGUGUCUUAGAAUAAUCAUAGGUGUCAAUUUAGGUGACCGUAUAUCAAAUGAUAAAAUUUUAGAAAUCACUGGACAGUCACAAAUUGAAGCAAUUAUACGUCGAAACAGACUAAGGUGGUUUGGCCAUGCCAAUAGAAUGAUGAACAGCGAUAAUGAACCAUCCGUAGUGAAAAAGAUCACUUUCUCUUACUUUCCAGAAGAGAAACGUCCUGGUAACAACGGCAUUAGGAAAAGAUGGGAGGAUAAAGUGAAAGAGGAUAUUGAACACUGUCAGAUUAAGAAUUGGAGAAAAGAUUCUUUAAACAGAGAUCACUGGAGAGAAUUAAUUAACAAAAAUGUACAGAACAGACCUGUACAUCAAAAGAUUAAAGAAAUCAUCCACGAAUAUAAACAAAGAGCUGUAAAUCGAAGAAAUGAUGACUUGGCUGCAUCUCACAGAGUGACCAAAAUAAAAGUAACUGAAAUUCUUGUUAAAAAUACAAAUAAUCAUUAUGUCUGUCCUGGUUGUGGAAUUCAAUUUAAACCUCAAGGAAUUACGAAUCAUGUAAAGGCAUGUAUUAAUGCUCAAGUUUGGUGCAAAAACAAUAAAAUUAAAUAA